AUGGACUCUCUUGUUGUGGCAAACAACAAAUUUUGCUUUGAUUUUUUCCAAGUGAUAAGCAAAGAUGACAGUCAUAAGAAUAUCUUUUUCUGUCCACUGAGCCUCUCAGCUGCCUUUGGCAUGAUCCGGCUGGGGGCUCGAAAUGAUAGUGCACAUCAGAUCGAUGAGGUACUACACUUCGAUGAACUUUCAAAGAAUGAAAGCAAAGAACUUGACUCCUGCUUAAAAAGCAAUAAACAAGUGCUACCUGACAGCUCUCCAGAAGGGCAGAAGCAAACAACAGUGUCUCAGGAUGUGCAGCCUGAAUCCUCAAGUGACGAGAGUAAACUGCUCAGCUGUUACUUUGGGAAGCUUCUAUCCCGAUUAGACAGGAUCAAAAAUCACUACAUCAUGAGUAUGGCCAACAGGCUUUAUGGUGAGCAGGGAUUCCCAAUCUGUCAGGAAUACUCAGAUGGAGUUAUUCAAUUUUAUCACACAACAAUUGAAAGUGUUGAUUUCCAGAAAAGCACCGAAAAGUCUAGACAGAUGAUUAACUUUUGGGUUGAAUCUCAGUGUCAAGGUAAAAUCAAGGAACUGUUCAGCAAGGACGCUAUUAAUGAUGCAACUGUGUUAGUGCUGGUGAAUGCUGUUUACUUCAAGGCCAAAUGGGAAAAAAAUUUUGACCGUGAAAAUACAGUUGAUGCAUCUUUCUUUCUAAGUGAGAGUGAACAGAAGAAUGUGAAGAUGAUGAAUCAGAGGGGUCUGUUUAGAAUUGGUUUCAUCGAGGAGCUGCAGGCGCAGAUCCUUGAAAUGAGGUACACCAUGGGGAAGCUCAGCAUGUUCGUCCUGCUGCCAUCUCCUUCUGCAGACAAUGUGAAGGGCCUGCAGGAGCUUGAAAGGAAAAUAAGUUAUGAAAAAAUAGUGGCCUGGAGUGGCUCAGAAAACAUGUCAGAAGAAACAGUAGCCAUCUCCUUUCCCCAGUUCACCCUAGAAGACACCUAUGACCUCAAUUCUAUUAUACAAGAUAUGGGAAUUACUGAUAUCUUUGAUGAAACAAAGGCUGAUCUUACUGCAAUCUCUCCAAGUCCCAGUCUGUACUUGUCCAAAAUCCUUCACAAGACCUUUGUGGAGGUGGAUGAAGAUGGCACCCAGGCAGCUGCAGCCAGUGGUCCUGUUGGUGUGACGAAGUCACUGCCAUCUUGGGUGGAGUUUAAUGCCAACCACCCUUUUCUGUUUUUCAUCCGACACAACAAAACCCAAACCAUUCUUUUUUGUGGCAGGGUCUGCUCUCCUUGAAAGGGGUACAGCAGGUAUGGGAAGAAAAUGGAAAUACAGUCUUCCCCUUGCUUAGCAUGAGUAUUUGCAUUUCUACUACUAUUUAAAACUGACCAUAGUCUGUUACCA